GCGGCUCGUCCUUGCCGCUCCGCGGCCGCGGUGCUCCGGGCUGACCGCUCGGCGGGCGCCGCCAUGGUGCUGUGCCCGGUGAUCGGGAAGCUGCUGGGGAAGCGGGUGGUGCUGGCCAGCGCCUCGCCGCGCCGCCAGGAGAUCCUCAUCCAGGCGGGCCUCCGGUUUGAAGUGGUCCCUUCCAGAUUUAAGGAGACGCUGGACAAAGCCUCCUUCCCCACCCCUUAUGCCUAUGCCAUCGAGACAGCCAAGCAGAAAGCUCUGGAGGUGGCACACAGGAUGCAUCUGAAAGACUUGCGGACCCCCGAAAUUGUCAUCGGAGCCGACACCAUUGUGGCAGUGGGGGGACUGAUCCUGGAGAAGCCAGUGGACAAGCAGGAUGCGUACAGGAUCCUAUCCAGGUUGAAUGGAAAGGAGCACAGUGUGUUUACAGGCGUGGCCAUUGUCCACUGCUCCAGCCCAGACGGCCUUCUGGAGACUGAGGUCUGCGAGUUCCACGAGGAGACGAAGGUGACGUUCUCCGAGCUGUCCGAGGAGCUGCUGUGGGAGUACAUCCACAGCGGUGAGCCCAUGGACAAGGCCGGCGGCUACGGCAUCCAGGCCCUGGGAGGCAUGCUGGUGGAGUGCGUCCACGGCGACUUCCUGAACGUCGUGGGCUUCCCCCUCAACCACUUCUGCAAGAAGCUGGCCGAGCUGUACUACCCGCCCCGCGCAGGGGCCGUGCAGCGCGCCAAGGAUGACUCCAUCCCGGCCGUGGACACCUUUGAGGACCUGAGCGACGAGGGCGGCGGCGGCGAGGGCGCGGGCGCAGCGGAGACCCCAGGCCUGGAGGAGGCCGGCGGCGAGCCGCGGGCCCGGGGCGACGCCGGCCGCAACCGGACGGCGCAGACCGUGCUCCCGAUUCCGUGGGACCUUCUAGAACUGAUAGACGACUUCAAAGCGUCCAAGGCCCUGUUCACCGCGAGCAAGCUGAGGGUGUUCGACUUACUAAGGGACGGCGCUGUCCUGAACGCUGCCAAUGUCGCGGGAAAGAUCGAGGCCUCCGUAUGCGGGACUGGCAGGCUGCUGGAUGCCUGCGCGGGCCUGGGAUUGCUGAGGAAGACGGAGCGAGGUUACAGCAACACAGAAUCCGCGAACCUGUACCUGACCUCGGACGGGGAACGUUCUCUCCACGGCGUCGUCAUGCAUUGCGACGAGCACACGUGGAACCUCUUCACGCACCUGGAGUUUGCCGUCAGGGAAGGAACCAACGAGAACCGCAGAGCCUUCGGGAAGGAGGCGGAGGGCUUGUUCCAGGACUCCUGCUACCACAGCGAGGAGGCGAAGCUGCGGCUCCUGCGCGCCAUGCACGGCCUCAGCAAGCUGACGGCGCCGCACGUGGCCUCGGCCUUCGACCUGUUCAGAUUUUCCUCCGCCUGCGACCUGGGAGGUUGCACAGGAGCUCUGGCCCACGAGCUCAUUCAGGAGUACCCACACCUGAAGGUCACGGUGUUUGACCUCCCAGAGGUUAUUGAACACGUUUCGUGUUUCCAACUCGACAGACAACAACAGACAGCUCAAAUCAGCUUCGUGUCAGGUGACUUUUUCAAAGACCACCUCCCUGAAGCUGCGCUCUACAUUCUUUCCAGAGUUCUGCACCACUGGCCGGAUGACAAAGUCCACGCGUUAAUGAGCAGAAUCUCAGAGAGCUGCAAACCAGGCUGCGCCCUGCUGGUGGCCGAGACGAUGCUGGAUGCCGAGAAGACCCUCCCUCGCUGGGCGGUGCUGCAAGCCCUCAGCCUGUCCCCCGGCCAGCAGAGAAGCGCCGCCAAGUACCAGCACCUCCUGGAAGGGCACGGCUUCACGCGGGUGAGGACCAAAGUCACCGGGAGCCUCCUGGACGCCGUGUUGGCAUUUCGAAAGCCGGACCCCUGACCUCUGCCGCGUGGUUCUGGGCACUGCUCCGGACACCUCCAUAUGUCACCUCCCGGGACCUGUGGUCCCCACCACCCACAGGCUCUGUGUUCUCCACCCGCCUUCCCGGUGGCUUUGCAGAUCCCAGGACAGGACCACAGCUCGUUCCCGGGUUCCCUCAGGCUCUCGACGUCACCAGCAGCACAACUCAUGUUUUCCUGUGUUCCCCGAGUUUGCAGGGCCUCUUUUCUGCAGUUCCAGAACAUGAAAUAUUUAGCAAUUCGCACUUUAUUUUCCACUCUCCUGGGAAACGGUUGUUGUUCUUGAGUCUCGUACUUUGAACCAAAACCAGAACAAUGGAAGGUCCAUCUGGGGGGUUAUUUUUGUGUGUUGGAACAUUGAGUCUCUAGUGUGGUUUCCAGCCAUCUGCCAGGAUUGACUCCAUCUCUGAAUUCUUCUAAACCAGCCCCUGGUUUUAGUUUUAAUUUUGCUCCCAAUAAAACGUUGACCAGUCA